UAUGGGUUAUUUGCAAAAAUUCUUAUCCUCAAAAAAACCGCUAUACGGUAGUCUAAUUAUUAAUCAUUACUUGGUUGCCCUUUCAUUGUAUUUAGACUUAUACUAGUAAAACAUUUUGUGAUUGAUUUGAUUGCAAUGUGGGUUGGGUUAUUCUUGGAUAAAUCAAUUUUUAUGUCUAUUCACCUUGGAGCUUGCUUGGAAGAAGUUGCUUGUAAUGAACAAUUUUACCUAUAAUGGUGACUUCAGUAAUGUUGCAGUAGGAGCAGCUCUUGCUGUAGAGGGAGUUUCUGGAUUUAUAGCUAAUACAUUUGUUCUAUCUGUCACUCUUUAUCAAUGGAAGUCCUUGAAGCAAUCAUCAACAAUAUUCUUCACUUCUCUCAUUCUGGCAAAUCUCCUGAUGGUUUUACUUCACUUUCCUUUCACUAUCAUUGCAUUAGCUGCUGGUGAGUGGAUCUUUGGUAGUACAGAUGAGGAGAAGACAGGAACAUGUGCAUUUGCUGCUUUUACUUUUUGGUAUUCAUCACUGGUUUUAGUAAUGACAGUUGCUGCUAUAUCAUUUGAUCGGUUUCUCUUUAUUGUCAAACCACAUCUUCACAAGCGGUUCAUGAGACCCUGGGUAGCACUGACCCUCACCAUUGCUAUAUGGAUACUGUCUGCUGUAUUGAGCUCUACUCCAUUGUAUGGGCUUGGAGGUUUUGGUUUUAAUGCUUCUAUUGGAAUGUGCCUUCCAUUUUUGAUCAAGGAUGCCUCUGUCAUUUCAGCUUUUUUAAUCCUCAUCCUUAGCUUGUUACUAAUAAUUGUCAUCACUUCUCUUUGGACAUUUUUCUUCACUUGGUGGUUCUUACACAAGCGCUCAAUGGUAGUGGAAAGUAAUAUUUAUUCAUCCAAGAAAAGAGGUCUUAUUGGAAUAUUUGGAGCUAUGCUACUCGUCUAUGGUAUUUCUAAAGGUCCUAGGAUUAUUUCUUUAGUUUUGGUGCAGUUUGAUGUUCCCUUUAGUAGUACAGCAGAGAUUGUGAUUUACUUUGUAUUUCAGUUGAGCAUUAUUGCUGAUCCAGUAGUCCAAUCUUUCUUUAGACCUGGCUUUAAACAAGUACUGGUAUCGCUAUUUAAAAAAUGCAAAAAGUGACCAUCUUCUUUAUGACUAUUUCACUAUUCUUAAAUUUAAUUGUGUUCGUUAUAUUUUGUUGUCGCUAAUUUGAUUUAUCUAAUUUAUAUUUCCCUUGUUACUUAAGUGUGCCAAGAAGUUUGUAGUAAUUACAUUUAUAAGGCUUUGUGUUGUCAUAAUCGCA